CGCGUACGGUACUAUUACGUACGGUACGGCAGCACAGGAUCAAAUUUUUGACCCCUGCGGUGCGGUACGCUACGGGACCAUUUGGACCCCUGACCAUUUACCAUACAGUUCGUACUGUAGUGCACUGUUGGGGUACAUAACAAUAUUGCACGGAACAAUUGAUGAAGUUCUUGCUGGUGCCGCUAUCAUAAUCGCUUCAUACCCGUUCCUGACCACUCGAUCAGAUACGAACAAAGUCGAUCUUUCCAAAAGUGCUUGUUGACAUUCCAUCGAUACUGUUUGUGUUCAUCUGAUAUCGCAUUUUAGACUCACUGGACAAGAUGUCAUCGACGUCGCUGUCAAAAUGUUUGACCCUGGUCAAGAAUGCGGUGGAUGAGUCUUCCCUCGCUCCUAUCAUUGGUACGACCAAGAAGUAGCGUAGCCUUUUUUCGGAAUAAAUUGGGAUCUAGCUAGUGGGAGCUAUUCGUCGCUUUUAGUUGUUAUCGAGUUGAUAAAAAGCCCCUGUGAAACUGGAAUGACAGCAGUUGUUCUGAAAUAAUUAUCGAUACAGAGGGACGAAAAAUCUCGAUGAAAACAACGAUCACAUCGUGAUCAAAUUAUUCCUUUCAUGUUUAUUCUUACCAAGAGCUAUUUCUGUUCUUCGUAGCGUUGUAUUUUGCUGCUUCCUGGUGUCCAGACUGCGUUGAAAGUAAACCAUAUGUUUCCAACGUAUUCAAGAUGCAGGAAGGCAGAGCAAAACUUUUUGACUUGGUGUACGUAUCUUCGGACAACGAUUCCGAUCAGAUGAAGGGAGAAAUAGAAGGAGGUUGGGACUCUAUUGAUUAUGAAAAAAAAGAAGAUCGGUCGAUGUUGAAGAAAUGUUUCGGUAUUUGUGCACAGAAGGAAAUGGAGGCUUUAGGGAUAACUAGUGAACAACGAAAAGGAGGCAUUCCGACACUUCUGUUGAUUGAUAAAGGAAAUUCUGUAGUGAUAUCUCCUGAUGGCAUUCCCGAUUUAAUGGGUGACAACAAGGUGGAAGAUCCUUUGGCUAAAUGGAAAGCUCUCUUGCUACCAAAGGAAUCAUAGGUUCUAUGCCAUUCAAUACGCAAAUAUGGACCACUUCUAGUAGUACUACUAGAGUACCCAUACUUGUAGUACUACUGCUAGUAGUAGUAUCUGAUCCAGCAUACCUUGAUAAUAGUAGUACCAGUAGUUGCGGGCUAUCAUUUGCAUCAU